GUAGGAAGAUAGUUUGGUCAGUUGAGUGCAAGGCCUCCAGCAGAGAGUUGCCAUGAGUUCCACGGUUAGCGAGUCGAAGCUCAAGGAGUACUACGAUGUGGCCCUGAAGCUGGUCCUCAAGUGCGGACCACUGAUGCAGGAGGGCUACCAGAAGGCCAAGAACGACUAUGUCGUCAAAGCGGAUUUCUACGACCUUGUCACCGUCUACGACAAGCAAAUCGAGGACAUUCUCACCGAGGGAUUGGUGGCCGCCUUCCCCGAUUCCCUAAUUAUUGGCGAAGAGGAGUCGGCAGCCUCCAAGCGACAGGCAGAGCUGACGGACGCACCCACCUGGAUCAUCGAUCCCAUUGAUGGCACCACCAACUUCAUCCACCGCAUUCCCCACUGCUGCAUCUCCGUGGGCCUGGCCAUCAACAAGGAACUGGUGGUGGGCGUCAUCUACAAUCCGCCGGCGAACGAGCUGUUUUCGGCGUACAAGGGUCAUGGAGCUUUCCUCAACGGCCAGCCCAUCCACACGUCCAAAGCGACGACGGUCAAACAAUCAGUGGUGGCCUACGAGAUCUCGCUCAUCCAUGCCGCUGGAGUGAGGGACAAGAACGUGAAGCGUCUCUACAAGCUGGCCUCGAAUGCCACUGCCACCCGGUGCUUCGGAAGUGCAGCUCUGACCCUCUGCUAUGUGGCCAGUGGACAGUGCGACGCCUAUCAUGUGGAGGACCUGAAGCCCUGGGACAUAGCUGCCGGUGCCAUUAUCCUCACCGAGGCUGGAGGAACUGUCUGCCACACCAGCGGAUCCGCGUUCGAUGUCAUGAAGCCGGACUGCGUGUGCGCCGCCACCCCGGAGCUGGCCAAGAAUGUGAUUAGUCUUAUCGAGGAGGCCAACCAGAUUACAGAGUACACGUUUAAGUAAAGAUAACCCCUAAUCCACUAUAAUAAUCAGUAUGCAAAACUUAUCCACUGUAACCCCCAUGUAAUCUAUUAAAGAACCUCAAGAAAGUGAA